CAGACCUGCAGCAGAAGUGGGCUGAAAACACCCUCUGCCCUGACAGAUCAGGAAUGCCACCUGUUCUUGGGAAUAUACUUUAGAGAAAGGAAGGGCCAAAACUACGACUUCGCUUUCCGAAACCGAAGCAUCAAUUCUCUUUUCUUCCAUUUGUCUGGAUCUGAGAAGCUGUGUUUGGAAUUGGCUCGUGGAAGCAGUAUGUCUGGCCGAAGUGCAUUGCUGCAGCUGGUAGCAUGAGUGGUGGCCACCAGCUGCAGCUGGCUGCCCUCUGGCCCUGGCUGCUGAUGGCUACCCUGCAGGCAGGCUUCGGACGCACAGGACUGGUACUGGGAGCAGCGGUGGAGUCGGAAAGAUCAGCAGAGCAGAAAGCUAUUAUCCGAGUGAUCCCCUUGAAAAUGGACCCCACAGGAAAACUGAAUCUCACUUUGGAAGGUGUUUUUGCUGGUGUUGCUGAAAUAACUCCAGCAGAAGGAAAAUUAAUGCAGUCCCACCCCCUGUACCUGUGCAAUGCCAGUGAUGACGACAAUCUGGAGCCUGGAUUCAUCAGCAUCGUCAAGCUGGAGAGUCCCCAACGGGCCCCCCGCCCCUGCCUGUCCCUGGCCAGCAAGGCCCGGAUGGCGGGGGAGCGAGGAGCCAGCGCCGUCCUUUUUGACAUCACGGAGGAUCGAGCUGCUGCUGAGCAGCUGCAGCAGCCCCUGGGGCUGACUUGGCCGGUGGUGUUGAUCUGGGGUAAGGAUGCCGAGAAGCUGAUGGAGUUUGUGUACAAGAACCGCAAGGCCCACGUCAGGAUUGAGCUGAAGGAGCCCCCAACCUGGCCAGAUUACGAUGUGUGGAUCCUCCUGACAGUGGUGGGCACCAUCUUUGUGGUCAUCCUGGCUUCAGUGCUGCGUCUCCGGUGCCGCCCCCACCACAGCAGGCCGGAUCCCCUUCAGCAGCGAACAGCCUGGGCCAUCAGCCAGCUGGCCACCAGGAGGUACCAGGCCAGCUGCAGGAGGGCUCGGGCUGAAUGGCCAGACUCGAGUAGCAGCUGUAGCUCAGCCCCCGUGUGUGCCAUUUGCCUGGAGGAGUUCUCUGAGGGCCAGGAGCUACGGGUCAUUUCCUGCCUCCAUGAGUUCCAUCGCGUGUGUGUGGACCCCUGGCUACAUCAGCAUCGGACUUGCCCUCUCUGCAUGUUCAACAUCGUAGAGGGAGAUUCGUUUUCUCAAUCCCUGGGACCCUCUCGAUCUUACCAGGAACCAGGUCGGAGACUCCACCUCAUUCGCCAGCAUCCUGGCCAUGCCCACUACCACCUACCUGCUGCCUACCUGUUGGGCCCUUCCCGGAGUGCAGUGGCCCGGCCCCCACGACCCGGUCCCUUCCUAACGUCCCAGGAGCCAGGCGCGGCCCCCCGGCACCACCGCCUCCCCAGAGCUGCACAUCCCAGGGCUCCGGGCGAGCAGCAGCACCUGGCAGUGGCCCAGCACCCCUAUGCGCACGGCUGGGGGCUGAGCCACCUCCGAGGCACCUCGCAGCACCCCUCUGCUUGCCCAGCACCCCCACGCCGGGCCAGGCCUCACGACAGCAGCGGUUCUGGAGAAAGCUAUCGCACAGAACGCAGUGGCUACAUGGCAGAUGGGCCCGCCAGUGACUCCAGUUCGGGGCCCUGUCACGGCUCCUCAAGUGACUCAGUGAUCAACUGCACGGACAUCAGUCUGCAGGGCAUCCACGGCAGCAGCUCUACCUUCCGCAGCUCCCUGAGCAGUGACUUUGACCCCUUGGUAUACUGCAGCCCGGAAGGGGAGCCCCGGGGGGAGGAGACUCAGCCUAGUGUGACCUCUCGGCCCCGGUCUUUGGACUCAGUAGUGCCCACAGGGGAAACCCAGGUUUCCAGCCACAUCCACUACCACCGCCACCGGCACCACCACUACAAAAAACGCUUCCAGUGGCAUGGCCGGAAGCCUGGCCCAGAAACUGGGGUCUCCCAGGCCAGGCCUGCCAUUCCUCGGACACAGCCCCAGCCAGAGCCGCCUUCCCCUGAUCAGCAAGCUGCCAGAUCCAACCCAACUGCCCCUUCAGGGCAGCUCCCCAACCCACAAUGGCCCAGGGCCCUCGUGGAGGCAGCCCUAGGUCCAGCUGAUGCCACCAACCCCAGUCCCAGCAGCCUCUUCCAUUUGCAGAAAUCCAGCCUCCCUGUUCGACACCCACAAAGGAAAAGGCGGGGGGGCCUCUCAGAGCUCACCCCAGCCUCUCGGCCCCAGGACUUGACUGCACACCCAGCUUGCCAGAUUUUUCCCCACUACAGUACCAGCUUGGCAUACCCUUGGUCCCCGGAGGCCCACCCAUUGAUCUUUGGACCUCCAGGCCUGGACAGGAGGCUGCUACCAGAAAGCCCAGGCCCUUGUUACUCAAGUUCACAGCCGGUGUGGCUGUGUCUGACACCACGCCAGUCCCUCGGACCACACCCACCUGGAGAGGGGCCUUCCGAACGGAGAUCUGGCACCCCAGAGGGCAGGCCAUGCCCUUACCCACACUGCCAGGUGCCACCAGCGCAGCCUGGCUCAGAGGAGGAGAUUGAGGAGCUGUGUGAACAGGCUGUGUGAGAUGCUCAGACCUAGCUCCAACCAAGAGCGUGCUCCGGAUGAUUCGGGCCCUACCUGGCACAGAGUCCUGCUCCUGAGAGAAGAAAGGACCUCAGAAAACAGCCCUCUUUUUUUGCCAGACUUCCUGGAACCUCCAGAAGAGGAGUGGUGACGGUGGGUGGCAGGUGUUCCCUGCUCCCAGCUCUGGACCUUGUGUGCAGAAUGCAUCUGCAGUGCGGCAAAGUCUGUGUCCAGCCAGGCAACCAGCUACUACCUAUGUGGGCUGGCUCCCUUAAAGGCUGUUUUUUGAGAACAGGAAGCUAGAUAUGGGUAGAUAAGUGUUAUAAAGGUGCUGCUCCUUUCCCCAGGCCCGGCAGGUCUUCCUCAUCCCAAGUCUCAUGUACAUACCUGCCAGUGGGUCCUUCUUACCUCCUUUCUUGGGUGAGUCCUGCACACCAGCUUUGACUCCUCGGUAAAGCUGCUGCAUCAGCAGCAACCCCAGCUUUUAUCAUUUCCCUUCUUUGCAAAAGGAUCAGGAACAUAGGUGAGCCCUGAACCCUAAAAAGGGAGGCUCCGCAGCUUCUCCAGGCAGUACCUGCCCUGGUGCAUAAGGGAGAAUGUUUUUCCCUUCUUGUCCUUAAUUGUCAGAUCCACUAUAUUAAGUCAGAGGGGAGGCUCUGGGAAGCCAGGGUGUGGAGUUCUGUCCCUAAAGUGGUACUGCACCCUGAAGAACCUGGGAUGAAGCCUCUGACUUUCAAACUCCCUCGUCACUCCAGCAGCCCCAAUUCCUCUGGGGGCUGGGGGGUAGUGGGGAGGGAAUAAAUUCUUUCCUGGAGAUUACCUAUCUCAAAGCCCCAAAGUAGGUGGAAAGAAGAGGAUUUCUGCUGGACUGCAUCUAGAAGAGGGAGGAUGGAACGAAGGUAGAAAAGACAGAAUUACAGCUGACCAAGGACAACAACGAAUUCUUCUCUGGGAGUUUUCCCAGAGCAGGGAUGAGGAACAGGGGAAAACAAAGGAAAAGCAAAGUGGGACAAUUGGGUUUAGAUGGCUCCAAGGCCCAGCUUCCCAUGAUAAGCCAUACAGGCCAGGGACACCCAGGAAGGUGUGCAUGCAAGAGGUUGUGCAUGCAGGACAUCUGGCCCGGGUAGCUGGUACCCGAGUGGGCAAGGGCCGAGGAGCCUCCUGAGGGUAACAUUCACCCCAGGGCAGCUGGACUAUUGCCGGCUCCUCAGGCAUUAUCCCAUUUGGAAUGUGAAUGUGGGAGCUAAGUGGGCACAGGACCCUACCUGGGAAACUUCUUCCCUUAAAGUCAGUGGGGAACUAGCACCUAGGCACCCACAUGGGUAUUUAUAUCUGAACCAGACAGAAAGACGCUUGAAUCAGGCACUAUGUUGAGAAAUGUAUUUAUUUGCUAAUAUAUUUAUCCAUAAAUGCA